AUGGAUUUACUAUUGCAACUUGUCAUUGAAAUAUUUCCAAUAGCAUCAUUAAUUUUCAUCAUUGCCGUUUGUGGAGGCAAACAAAACGGAGAUGGUCCGAAAUCGACGAAAAGCGUCAACGAAACGGCUCAAAAAGAGCCAACAAAUACAGUUGAUGGUCCGAAAAAUGAUGGUGCUGCUGAUGUUGGCUCGAAAGAGGAAUUUGUGGAGAAGAAGGAGAACGAGGCGAAAGAGGAGAAGCCGAAGGAGGAAAAACGCGAUGUUGAAAAGGACGUGUUUCUCGACGACAAAAACGAGCACAUCAAUUUCAUUGUGGAGAAUUGUAAGACGCGCGAUCCGGCGAUUCUCAGAGAAUUUUGUAUUCACGCGAAAUUGCUCAACGAGCAAAUUGGAUGUUUUCAAUGGGCGAUGAAAAAGCGUUUCGUGUUCGAUGAGACCAGCUGGAAGCACUUGAGUCGCCGAAUUUCGCUUCUCAAGGCCGAGGGUUUCGAUGUACGCGUGAAUACGCGAAAAGCCAAAGAGAACAAGGCGCAAACGGAGGCGAAACCGACGCGAAUCGACGCGAUUCUCAAUCAAAAAAACGCUGGAAAGAAGAAGAAGGCCAAAAAUCUCGAAUGA